GAGGUGCCGGGUGUGGGGGGGCCGGUGUCGGAGGUACCGGGUGUAGGAGGGGGGCCGGUGUCGGAGGUGCCGGGGCGGCUGCCGGGCCCCGCGGGGUGACUCUCGGCCCCCUUGAGCCUCCGCAGCCGCCAUGGAGACCGCGGCCCUGCCCAUCCGCCGGCACCGCCAGGCCGUGGUGGAGGCCGUGAGGGAGCAGCCCUUCCUCAUCGUCACCGGCGAGACGGGCAGCGGCAAAAGCACGCAGCUGCCCAAGUACCUCUUCGAGGCAGGCCUGGCCAAGCACGGGGCCAUUGGCAUCACGCAGCCCCGGCGCGUUGCCACCAUCUCGGUGGCACAGCGGGUGGCCGAGGAGAUGGGCUGUUCGCUGGGCAGCGUUGUCGGGUACCAGGUCCGCUUCGAUGACUGCACCACCGAGGAUACUGCCAUCAAGUAUAUGACGGAUGGCUGCUUACUGAGGCACAUAUUGGCAGAUCCCCUUCUCAGCAAGUACAGCAUCAUUGUUUUGGAUGAAGCCCAUGAGCGGAGCCUCAGCACUGAUAUUCUGUUUGGUUUACUGAAGAAAUUAUUUCUACAGAAGAAACCACCAGACAGGAAGACAGACAUGAAAGUGGUGGUGAUGUCAGCCACCCUGGAGGUAGACAAGCUCUCAGAGUUUUUUGGACAUUGUUCAGUGCUACAUAUUCCAGGAAGAAGUUAUCCUGUCAAGGAGAUAUUCUGCAACCUGCUCAGCCCAAGGGAUGUAGGCAGCUCUGCAUACGUUACAGAGGCUGUAAAAGUGGCAUUGGAUAUCCACUUAAAUGAACCAGAAGGUGACAUCUUGGUUUUCCUGACAGGUCAAAAUGAGAUAGAAAGAGCUUGUGACUUACUUUUCAAGAGAGCAGAAUCUAUCGAUUACCGGUAUGAAGUACACGAUCGGUCUGUUGAAGGCUUACUUAUCUUACCAUUGUAUGGGUCAAUGUCAACAGAUCAACAGAAAAGAAUAUUUUUACCAGCUCCCACAGGCAUUAGAAAAUGUGUGGUAUCCACAAACAUUGCUGCAACAUCGCUUACGAUUGAAGGAGUCAGAUAUGUAGUAGAUAGUGGGUUUGUGAAGCAGUUGAAUCAUAACCCCCGAGUUGGCUUGGACAUUCUGGAGGUGGUUCCCAUUUCAAAGAGUGAAGCCAGGCAGCGAGCUGGCCGAGCUGGCAGGACGUCAUCUGGAAAAAGCUAUCGGCUGUACAGCAGAGAAUUCUGGGAGCAAUGUAUGCCUGAUCACACAGUCCCAGAGAUCAAGAGGACCAGUCUGACAUCUGUGAUCCUGACCUUGAAGUGCCUUUCUGUGCAUGAUGUCAUAAGAUUUCCCUAUUUGGACCGCCCUGAAGAAAGGCACAUUUUAGAAGCUCUCAAGGAACUUUACCAGUGUGAUGCCAUUGACAGGAGAGGCCACGUGACAAGACUGGGUGAAUUCCUGGUGCAGUUUCCCCUCCCUCCCAACCUGACCUGUGCUGUCAUAAAAGCUGCUUCUUUUGACUGUGAAGAUAUGUUGCUUCCCAUAGCAGCCAUGUUGUCUGUGGAAAAUGUCUUCAUCCGUCCAGGUGAUCCUCAGAAGCAAAAAGAGGCUGAACUUCAACACCAGGAACUUUCCUCACAAGUGGAAGGAUGCAAUGACUUUGCAACCCUCUUAAAUAUUUUUGAACAGUGCAAAGCAAGCAAGUCUCCUUCAGCUUGGUGCCAUAAAUACUGGAUUCAUUGGAGAGCUUUAAAAUCCGCUUUUAGUGUAGAAAAACAACUUCGAGAAAUAAUCAGCAAACUGAAACAGCUGCCAGACUUCCCUAGAGAGACAUUUGAAGGCUCCAGAACUGAAAUACUGAGAAGAUGUCUAUGUGCAGGAUACUUCAUCAAUGUAGCUAGGAGAUCUGCAGCCAGGACGUUCUGCACCAUGGAUGGACAUGGCAGCAUAGUCUAUAUCCAUCCUUCAUCUACACUUUAUAACCAAGAGACUCUCCUGGAGUGGAUCAUCUUCCACGAUGUCACAGUGACGUCCAAAAUCUAUGUCCGGACAGUGUGUCCUGUUCGCUAUGAAUGGGUCAAAGACUUGUUGCCCAGAUUGCAUCAAAUUGAUGCCUAUGAACUGAGCAGUGUGGCACGGGAAGAAGUAACUGAAGAGGAGAUAACCAAAUGGAAACAUAAGGAGGACCUUAAAAGGCAGUGUGGAGUCACAGACAGCUCUACAAAGAAAAUGGAGAGAAGGAAUGAUGAUCAAUCAAUACUGGAUGCCCGAGCUCGUUAUCUUGAGAGAAAGCAGCAAAGAGCACAGGGUUUAAGUGGCACAGUGAAAGAACUGGAGUAAUACUUGCAACUGUUUUACUCCCACUGUGAGGAAGGGCAGUUUGGUGCAGUUGUUCUGGGUAUGUUUGUAUAAUGCAAAAUGAUGCACUGGAAUAAACAAAAACUUCUGCUCUGUGGUAAGUUUCAGUGCUGAAGUGUACAAACACAAUCAUCCUUUGCUGCAUCCAGCAAGGAAGAGUUACCAAGCUGAAUUUUGUUGCUACAUGUCACUGGCAACAAUUUAGUGGCCUGAAGUGUGGAUGAAGAUAUGGUCCUUACCAUGGUGCCAAUUCUCUGGCAUCUACUUGAUUUAGAAAGAUCUUGGUGGCCUCAGUGCCAUUAUUAAUAAAAUAAUGGAACUGUUGCUUUUUAUCCAUUUCAGCUUGUGUAAUUGUGGCUAUACAGCCUUAAUCCUCAGACACUCCUCAGGAAAAUGUGUAGGAAGUGCUUUGUAAUGACAGAACCAUGAGGAUCUAAAUUCAAGGGGAUGUUUGCCACCUGCAUUCUCUGUUGCAGAUGACGUUGUUCCUGCUGUGUAUUGAGCUGAACCACGUCCAGCAGUGGUUCUGGGUGAUGUCUUUGUAUGCAAAGUGUUUUGUAAAUGUUUUCAAGUUCUUGCUAACAAUGCAUAAUUCUUGUCAGGGAUGACUUAGCACUGUGUGUUUUCCAUUUGGCCAAAAAAAAAGUGAAGCCCAGCAGUCAAUCCAGUACUCACUCUCCCAGGUGUCAUCCAGUGUGGAUGUGAGCUGUUUUCCUGAAUUUGGUGACUUGUUUUUAAAAUGCAUGGAUUUUGAUCUCAAGAAUGACUGUUUAAAAUAUGUAGAAAGGAUACACAAGGAAAUGCUGUUUUUUUCCUCAAGUAUAUGAAAAGAUCUCUGAUACUUGGCCGUCAUAAAAUUUAUUUCCUGCUCAAUGAAUUGGGAAUCCCCUUCUGUCACCUUAAUCCUGAAGUGUCCCAGUGCUGUAAUGUGGAGCUUGUCUUUUUUUGCUGUUUUUCAGUAGUUUUUUAGUAAGUCACAUUUUGUAUAAGACUAUAAAACCAAGAAGUACUUACUGUAAUGUUUCAUGCUUCAGUUGUGUGCAUGGUGA